UUCCCGCCAGAACAUUACAACCCAAUGCGUUCAACCACCGGUGUUAUCAUACAUUUAAUUUAUUCCUAAACAACGUGAAUGUGAAAAGAAAAUAACUGAUUCGUUGUAUGAUUACACUCAGAACGAUCAAAAGUGCUAGGAGAUAAGUAGCUUCUUGGCGUUUGCUGUCUAAAUAUCCUUGAAAACCCAAUCGAAAGUGAGGUUAUAAACUCGAGGAAAUGGAAAACGAUGGUCCCUCAUCGUCCUCGCGCUCCAGACGAGAGAAAAAAGACAAAUUCGGUCGUUUCGCUGCCCUCCAAAAACUCAAAAACCUCAAAGGAUCGAAGCACAAAUACGAAGUAGAAGAGAUCGAUAACGUCUACGACGUGGUAGACGACAGAGACUUCGCCAAAACCGUCGUAGAACGUCAGCAGGACGACUGGAUCGUCGACGAUGGUGACGGUGGAUACGUCGAGGAUGGCAGGGAGAUCUUCGACGAUGACCUGGACGACGAGAGUAUCCAGAAGGCGACGAAGAGCUCUCUGGCGGGUCCCAAAAAGCGAAAACAUAAUGAAACCAAGACUAAAGGAAAUAUCCUCAAUAUGCUCCAGAGCAUGCCCUCCAAGAAAACAGAGGCCAAAGCCAACGACGACGACGACAUCCUGGGUUCCAUGCUAAAAGAGCUAGAAACUAAGAAACCCUCAACCCCAAAAUCAUCUUCUAACAGAUUUGCAGCUCCAAAAACCACCCCCAAACCAAUCAUCCGAGAGAAAAAGACAUUCGAAGAAGAAGAAGACGCAAUCUUCGAUUUCCCCAAAUCCAGGAAGACCAAAAGACUCGAAGAGCCCCAGAGUAAACCCCCGCCAACUCCAAGCGAAGAACCAAAACCACAAAAUACCUCACCUACACUUAAAAAUGGAAAUCAAACGGAAGUAAAAUCCACGGAAAAAGAAUCCUCACCAGUUUCUGACCCCGAGAAACCGAAGCUAUUGGAACCAGAAUCAGAAACCAGUAUAUCCCAAGCAACUGACGAAUUGUACUCCCAAUACACUGCGGAAUUCCCCGACGAUGAUUUUGAGUGUCCAGACGUGUCCCUGAUGCCUUCAGCGACGACCCUCUCCACUCAGCCUCUUGAGUCCACUCAAACCCCCCAGAAAGCCAAGGUGGACAUUCCAGAUGAUGAUGACAUCGACAAUCUCUUGAGCAACGUCGAGAUGUUGGAUUACUGGACCUUCCAGGCUGACAAGCACAAGGACACGAUCAGCACCCAAGACCCAUCAGGACAGAUCUCAGUGGAUCUGUCAACAGUAGUGACGACCAACUCCUCAGGAGACUCGGUUCUCAGAUUUUUCUGGCUGGAUGCCUCUGAGGAUCCCUAUCGUCAGCGAGGGGUGGUCAAUCUCUUUGGGAAAGUCCACUUGGAGUCCACCAACACCUACGUCUCCUGCUGCGUCACUGUCAAGAACAUUCCCCGGAGGAUCUACAUCCUCCCCAGGGAGACCCUCAGCAACGGAGAACCCAACUCCAUGAUGAGUGUCUACGAGGAGUUCAACGACUACGCGAGUCGCCAGCGAAUCUCCGAGUUCCGGUCCCAAACGGUGAAGAAGAACUACGCCUUCGAGAUUGAGGGAAUCCCAGUGGAGUCUGAGUACCUGGAGGUCCGCUAUGCCGCAUCAUUCCCUCCGAUACCAUCAGAUUACUCCGGAAAAACGAUCGAGCACGUCUUCGGGACCUCUGUGAAUGCCUUGGAGCUGUUAUUAAUUGAGAGGGACAUCAAGGGGCCCUGUUGGCUGGAGAUAAAGAACCCCAUCGUCGUGGAAGGUCUCGCGACCUGGUGCAAGCUCCAGGUGAACUGCCUCAAGAUGGAGAACCUGUCUGUUCACAAGGUUGAUGAUGGGAGAAAGCUCUCUAUCCCCCCGAUGACAGUCACCACCCUAAACAUCAGGACUUCCUUGAAUCCAAAACAACAGCAGAACGAAAUAGCCAUGAUUUCGGUGCUGAGUCACAACGACUUUCAGAUCGACAAAGCAGCCCCGAAGCCUCCAUUCCAGCAGCACUACUGCUUUAUAACGCACCCCAGGAAUACCUCCUGGCCACUGUACGCAGUGGACAAGCUGAAAAAAUUCCAGAGCACGAACGUCAUCGUCUGCGAGAGUGAGUCUGAACUACUUGAGAAGUUUCUGGAUAAAAUCCAGGGGAUCGACCCAGACAUUUUGAUAGGGUAUGAUUGUGGCUUCCAGUUCGACGUCCUGACACGAAGACUGGUGGCUCUCAAGGUGAAAAACCCGAGUAGAACCAGCAAACUCAAGAGGGAUCUUUUACCCUUCAUCAAGGGGAAGAUAAUGCUUCAGCAGAUAUUCUGUGGACGUCCUAUCUGCGAUCUCCAGAUCUGCGCCAAGGAGGUCAACCUCAAGGUUCGUAACUACGACCUGGACACCCUCUGCUCAACAGUAUUGAACAAAAAAGAGAAUCACAUAAAGGAGAUUAAGCCUGGUAACUGUCCGCAAUUCUACUCAUCUUCUGAGAAGAUCCUGGGUCUUGUUAAGAUCGUGAUGAUGGAGACUUCCUACAUCCUCAACCUCAUCUGCGAGAUGAAUAUCAUACCACUGGCAUUGCAGAUAACUUCAAUCGCUGGUAAUGUUCUUUCGAGGACUUUGUCAGCAGGGAGGGCUGAGAGGAACGAAUUUCUACUGCUUCAUGCCUUUUUUAAGAAGGGGUACAUCACUCCGGAUAAGAGGAUAUCCAACAGGAAGAAUGAGGAGAGCACGAAGAAGAAGGCUGCGUAUGCUGGGGGUCUCGUCCUGGAGCCAAAGAAGGGGUUCUACGAUAAUCUCAUUCUCCUCAUGGACUUUAAUUCCUUGUAUCCUAGUAUCAUUCAGGAGUAUAAUAUGUGCUUCACGACUAUUCCAGGGGUUUGUUACACAGAAUUGACUGAUGCUAAUCUUCCUGGGAGGGAUGUUCAGACUGGAGUGAUACCCACGGAGAUCAGGAAACUCGUGGAAAGUCGAAGUGAAGUGAAGAAACUCAUGAAGACUCCUAAUUUGUCCCCUGAGUUGAAGCUUCAGUACAAUAUUAGGCAGCUUGCCCUGAAGCUGACUGCCAAUUCGAUGUAUGGAUGCCUUGGAGCUGCGCAUUGUCGGUUUUAUGCUAAACAUCUGGCUGCCUUGGUGACGGCCAAAGGGCGCGAGAUCCUUCAGAACACCAAGAUUCUGGUGGAGAAACUUAAUUAUGAUGUUGUGUAUGGGGAUACUGACUCCAUCAUGAUUAAAAUCAAUAUUUCGAAUUAUGAUGAGGCGUUUGGGGUCGCCAAGAAGAUCAAGCAGGAGGUGAAUAAGGCGUAUAAGAAGAUUGAACUGGAUAUCGAUGGGGUCUUCAGGUACAUGCUGUUGUUGAAUAAGAAGAAAUAUGCUGCGGUUUUGAUGAGCAAGUCGGCGAGUGGGAAGCUGGAGUACCAGCCUGACUUUAAGGGGCUGGAUAUUGUCAGGAGGGACUGGUGUCAGCUGGCUUGCGAUGUCGGGAAACAGGUCAUUGAUCACAUAUUCACGGAGCAUGCUAUUGAGGAGAAGACAGCAAAGAUUCGAGAGUACCUCGAGAAGAUCGCAGCGAACUUGAGAAGUCAGAACAUCCCCCUGUCAUCCCUAGUAAUCACCAAACAACUAUCAAAAGACCCAAAAGACUAUCCCCAGAAGAACCAGCCCCACGUGGCCAUAGCCCUGAGACUGAACAAACUAGGCGGGAGGAUGUGGAAGGCAGGGGACACUGUGCCCUACAUCAUCUGCCUGGAUGGCACUACCCACUCCCCAAUCGAAAGAGCAUACCACAUCGAUGAGUACAAGAAGAGUGAGGACUUGACCCUAGACAUUGACUACUACAUCAUCAAUCAGAUAAUCGCCGUUCUGCAACGCAUCUGCACACCAAUUCCAGAGUUGGACGGGGGGUUCUUGGCAGAAUGUCUUGGAGUUGCUGAUAAAUACAAACCCGUGGUCAGUUCUUCGUCAUAUGGAGGGGAGGACUCGAACUAUUCGAGCAGUUACACUCCUAAAGUCUCGAGGUUUGAGAAUUGCGAGCCUUUUGUCUUCAAGUGUAAGGAGUGUGGGGGAGAGAACGAAGUCAAGAAGUUCUUGAAGACAGUGGGGAAGAGGGAGGUGCCAGCUCUGGGGGCCUGCUCCAUGGAGACGUGCAGGUCUGCUCCCUGGAGACAUGUCAAAGCUGUGCAGAAUCAUCUCCAGAUGGAGAUCAGACGAUUCGUGGAUAAGUAUUACCAGCAGGACCUGCAGUGUGAUAACCCAGAGUGCAGUUAUACUGGAGAUGCUCUGCAGCUGGGGUGCUCUGAUGAUGUGACCAACAGACCCAUUUGUCCAAUGUGCCCUGAGGGGGAGCUUGUUAGGGAGUUUACUGAGACUAUGUUGUACGAGCAGUUUAGUUUUUAUAUGGAUUGUUUCGAUGUUGGGAGGCAUGGAAAGGACCUGGAGACACCUCUCACGCCUGAAGUUAUUGCGGCCUAUGAUAGGCUCAAGCAGUUCGUGGAAAAGUACCUCAGAAAGAAUGCCUACUCCAUUGUAGAUCUCAGUAAGGUAUUCCUGUGCAUCAGGCAGAGCGGCGAGGGGAAGGAUGUGAAGAAGAAGAGUUAGAGAUCCCAGAUGUGCGGGCCAUAAUGAGUUUUUGUAAUUAAGUAUAAAUACUGUAGAAUGUGUUAUUGCACUAUUUUUAUGUCUAAUGAAAUCCAUUUUUUUAUGAAAA